CGAUUUGUUGGUUUUUCUUGAUUGUUCCGACACGGUCACACUGAUUGGUGAAAGAAAGCAAUAAAAAAAGAAAAUAAUAAUCGGGAAAAAAAGUAAACCAACGAGGAAAAAAGCUUAUAUUGGGGAAGAAUACCAGCCAAAAGCGGAUCCGUAGCAUCCAGAUACCGCACCCCCAAAUGGGCAACUUUGUGAGCAGGCAGAACGCAGCAGUGGAGGAGGCUGAUCCCAGCACGAAUCAUGCCUACAAGUAUCCACCGCGAAUGGGCAACUUCUUUGGCACGCACUUCAUCAUGGGCGGCGAACGUUUCGACACUCCGCAGCCGGAGUCGUACCUGUUUGGCGAGAACGCUGAUCUGAACUUUUUGGGCAACAGGCCCACCGCCUUCCCCUAUCCGCCCCCGCAGCCCAAUGAGCCGACGAAGACACUGAAGAGUCUGGUGAACAUCCGUAAGGAGUCUGUGCGCUUUGUCCGUGUGCCCAAGGACUCUAAGCUAAUCGUGCCUGAGAAGCCCAAGGUAAAGGAUCGAGAGAAGGAGAUAAAGGAGCGUGUGAAGGAGCUGGAGCGGGAGAAGGAGAGGGAAAAGGAGAAGGACAAGGACAAGUCGAAUGUGACCAUCGAGGAUGUGGAUGGCAAUGUACUCUGCUCGAUGGGCCUGGGAAGUGGUGAUGUUGACCUGACGCCACCGCCGCCGCCGCCACCCAGCACGUACAACAUCGAGUUCACCUUCGAUUCGGAUGCCAAGUGCGCCAUUACCAUCUAUUACUUCUGCUCGGAGGAUGUGAGUCCCAGUGGUGUGACGCUGGUGCCGCGUGAGGGCCUCACCUCCGAGACGUACCACUACGAGAAAGGCAUCAAUCAGUGCUUCUCGCAGCCGAGCCACAUCUUUAACCCGCAGCAGAUGCCCGAGGACGAGCUGGGCUAUAGCCCCGGUCGUGAACAGUACCCAGUGGCCAUCCACUGUGUGGUGGAGGAGGGCAGCGACGAGUGCCGGCAAUCGCACACCACAAUAUGCGUGAUUGACCAUCAUCCGGAGAGCGGUAGCUAUGUACUGCGUGCUCUGAAGCAGAAGAUCUUCGUUGACGGCCUGUGCUAUCUGCUGCAGGAGAUCUACGGCAUCGAGAACAAAGCGGUAAACAAGUCGUCGCUGGACGAGGAGAUCGACGACCAUGGCAGCGAGUGUGUCAUCUGCAUGAGUGAGACCAGGGACACCCUAAUACUGCCAUGCCGCCACCUGUGCCUGUGCAAUUCGUGUGCGGACUCGUUGCGCUAUCAGGCCAAUAACUGCCCCAUUUGUCGGGCUCCGUUCCGCGCCCUGCUCCAGAUCCGAGCCGUGCAGAAGGGCAUCGCCACACAUGUGCUACAUCAGAACACGCCCACGUCGACAGCCGGGGAGCCGGCACCGGUGGACGUGCCGCCGGGAUACAUUCCUGUCUCGCUAAUUGAGGCACUCAAUGGACCGCCGCAGUAUGUGGCCAGAGCCAGGACCAGUGAUCAUGAUAUUACGGACUCUGCCGGCACAGUGGCCGCCUCAACAAUGACCAGUGGCGGUGACAUCAAGGCCACUUCCCCCAUCAAGUCCAGCAGCCAGCGAAGGCCGAAGAUCAAGAAGAACGCCUCCACAUGCACUUCGACAAGUGAGGUGGGCACCAUUACCAAUCAGUCCGGCGGAGGUAACGGCUCUUCCUCGGCCCUGUCCGUGGUGGAAAUCGAGACCGAGCAGAAGAAGAAGGCAAGCACGGCCACCUGCACGUCGCCCACACUGGGGGGAGCAGGCAAUUCUCCAGAGCUGAAGCAGGAUAAGCUGCAGAUCGUGAACGAGCGCAAGUAUCCCAGGUCCCAAGGAACCGGUUCUGGUGGUGACGGCUCAGCAGGCACCGAUGACGAUGUGGACAGUGAGAACGAGAAGCUUUCACCGCUCCUAUCGCCCGGCAGCAAGGCCAAGAACAUGUCCAGCAAAUCCCUGAAGCAAGUGGUGGCCUGUCUAGAAGCGGAUGAUGUGGAUAAGAGUGUCGGCGGUGGCGGCGGAGAUGGAGUGUCCGAGGAGCCAAACGGCGGUAAGAAAAGCUCCUCGUUGAAACGCACCAAACCGAGGCCAGAACUUAGCGGCGGAGGCGGAGGAGUGGCAUCCCCAGGUGAGCCUCAAGCCGACGAUUCGGAUUAUUACACACCCGAAGAUACUCAAAACUCCAUAUUGAGCCCGCUGUGUCCCACGGAUCGAGGCGAUCCUUUGGGCGCUGCUGGCAUCGGCGGAAACGUGUUGGGACUGGGACUAGGAGCAGGCAGGAGUGUUGGCUCUGUAGGCGGAUCAGCUGGCGUGGGAGGAGGACCCUCCGCUGGCGGUGGCGGCGUCGUUGUCGGCUUCAGCAGCGCCAUGAAAAAGAACCUGCACAAAAAGUCCACCUCGGUGGGCAACAUGGUUGGCUCCGGAUCGACGACGACCACGGUCGUGGACCUCAAGUCCAACAAUGUUAGCUCGCUGCCAGACAUGCUCGACAGCCCGAUUAGCGGCAACUCGGCGUCCACACGCAGCUCCAGCGACAGCUACUCCUCCAGCUCGUCCACCAAGCAGUUGCUCAGCUCCAAUCCGACCACAACGGCGGCCAACAUCAUCGUGGAUGACAAGACGGCCCUGCAGAAUGCCGUGAAUGUGUAGAGAGCCGGUCUCCACUUUUUGUUUUAGCUUUGCGUUAACUCUAUUUAUUCGUAGUAUCCAUUAGCUUUAGGUUAAAUCAAUGCUGCUUCCCCCGCCCGCAGGAACAAAAUUAUUAACUAUAUACUAACUAUAUAUUAGAAAGGAAGGAAAGUGAUGAUGUGCAGUGAAGCAGGACAUGGUGACGAGGAUGUGAAAUGAGUUGACCAGGACACAACACUUAACCAGUAUACAGAAACACACACGUCUCUCACAUGCAUGUGUACGUAGUCUAAUCUAGCAUAAUGGCUUGGGUAUAUAUACAAUAUAACAAAUAAAUCAAAGCAAAUA